AUGGCGAGAGAAAGCGAUCGGGAGCGCCACGCUGAGUCUCGCGCAUCCGAGACGUAUACGCAGCGCGAGACGAGACUAAGUUCGCAGCGCAGUCGCACUGAUGCCGCUCGAUCUUGCGAGAGUGUCGAAGCGCGACAAAUUCGACUGGAAAGUGAUCGGGAGCGCCACGCUGAUUCUCGCGCGUCUGAAACGUACACGCAACGAGAGGCGAGGUUAUGUUUGCAGCGGAGCCGCGCUUCUUUUUCUCGGUCGAUUGAAGACGAUGAAGAACGGGAGACCCGCUUAAGAAGAGUCCGCUCUCAGCAUGCCCUGUCACGUUCUUUAGAGACAGAUGAGCAGCGUGAAGAACGUCGUGCAGCUGCUCGGCAGCGGUACCAAGAACUGCUUGGAGAUGCGAUCAUCUAUCACACGAACGGGACAGAAUUCAAGAGAUUCGGGGAACGUGGUCGGACGAACAGCGUGCGGCACAAGCAGAACAAGAUCGCCUGCGUCGUAACCUAUCAAGGCAAAAUUGCCAUUGCUGUAGCGUCGUCGGGAAUCGCUGCUACACUACUUCCUGGUGGCAAAACGGCACAUGCCAUGUUCAAAAUUCCCAUCGACUUAGAGAGCACCGAAACUCCUGUUUGUGGUGUGUCACGCAACAGUGACAAGGGACACGUGCUAAAGGAUUGCUCUCUGGUCGUAUGGGAUGAGUGCACGAUGGCGAAUAGGAAGGCAGUUGAGGCCGUGGAUAGAACCCUGCAGGACAUCCGCAGGAACGAACACUUGAUGGGCGGUGUUACAGUUCUGUUUAGUGGUGAUUUCCGACAAACGCUUCCCGUGGUAACGCGGGGAUCUAGGGCUGACGAGGUGAAUGCUUCGUUGAAACGAUCUGCGUUAUGGUCACGCGUUCAUACGCUGCGCUUGACCAUCAAUAUGAGAGCUCAGCUCGGCGGCAAUGCACGCGCUCAAGAAUUCUCUGAUGUCCUUCUAAGUCUCGGCGACGGUACUCUACCAGAGGAGAGGGGCGGACAGGUGGUGCUCCCAGAAUCUAUCGGUAGAGUGGUAUCCACCUUAGAUGAACUCAUUCGCUGCGUGUACGGGGAUAUCAGUCGAAUACCGCACCAGCCGAAUUCUUGGGCAUGCGAGCGGGCCAUUUUGACGCCUAAAAAUGAUCAAGCUGCAGCAAUCAAUGAAAGCAUUCUCUCGGAAAUUGAGGGGAAUGAAGUGGUGUACACCUCCAUAAACACCGUAGUCGAGCAAGAUGACGCCACACACUAUCCGGUGGAAUUUCUCAACUCCCUCACAGCAAGUGGACUUCCAGCACAUAACAUCAAGCUGAAGGUUGGCGUCCCGAUCAUACUUCUUCGGAACCUGUCUCCUCCGAAGUUGUGUAACGGGACCCGUCUUAAAGUCAUCUCACUGCAUAGAAAUAUUAUCGAGGCGGAAAUUUUGACGGGUUGUGGCGUCGGCGAGGCAGUGUUUAUACUACGCUUUCCCCUCAUAUCUCAUAACUACCCCUUCCAGUUCAAGCACGUGCAGUUCCCUCUGAGUGUUUGCUUCGCGAUGACCAUCAAUAAGUCACAGGGACAGACACUGAAGGCUGCGGGUGUCGACCUAAGGAUGAGCUGCUUCUCACACGGACAACUGUACGUCGCUUGCUCCCGCGUCACCAGUCCUGACUCUCUAUACAUUUUGGCUAUUGAGAGCAAAACUACAAAUACACGUGGACCUGGUCCUUUUUGCAUAUCAUACGAGCAAUCGUCCCUAACAAAUCAAAAUAAACUUGAAUUAAUUAACAAUAUCAAUGAAAGGAGAAACUUCGUGGCUAUGGGGCACUCAAAAAUUCUUCCAUUUGCUGCCAACAUGAAAAAAAUUUACUGGUCUAAUGAACUGGCAACUUCUGCUCAGCGCUGGGCUGACCAAUGCGAUUCAUCUCUGUACCCGGACAAAGAAGAUCAAUGUCGAGAUUUAGAAAAUGUGAAAGUCGGUCAGAGCAUUGCCAGUAUCUUGGGGCCUUCUCCAGGCCUCAGUGUUAAGAGUUUUGUGGAGAUGUGGUUCAUGCAAGUCGUAGACUAUACUGGAAGUGUGGCAUAUUACAAUGAAUCUCGAGACUACAAGACAAAUCAUUUAACACAGUUGUUAUGGGCUAACACUGAAUAUGUUGGAUGUGGCAAAUCGAAAUUCUAUUACUCUCUGUUUUACCACUACAAGAUCAUACUGUCUUACGACUAUAUGUCCAGAUGCACGUAA